CAAAGAUCAAACGUGUCCAGAUGAUAUAACGAUAAAAACUCACUGAUUAAAACAGUAGUAGUGAGUUGUCAGAGGAUUGAAAGGCACUGCACGGGUCUUUAGAUUUUAAUUAAUCUUUUCGAAUCAUGGACGCGGUUCAGAGACACAGAUCGAUGUACAAAGGCACGACUCCACCAUGGAAAGAAACAUACAGGAAGCGCUGCGUGGAGCGGUUAAAAAACAGCCGGUCGAAGUUACUGGAGAAGUUCAGGCAGAUUGAAGAUGGUACAGGUGAAUCUAAGAGCUCGCUGCUUGUCCAGGAGGUGAUGGAGGAGGAAUGGAGCGCCUUGCAGUCGUCUAACCAAAGUCUCCCAUCGCUGUGGAAUGGAAGCGGUAUCAGAGAUGUCUAUACAGCCCAGCACGAAUUCGAUGAACUGGCAGCGUUUGAAGAAAUUCAGCAGGAACUCAUAGCGCAAGAGCUCUUGAUUCUCGAGGAAUAUCAGAACAGCAUGCAGUAUGAAGAACAGUAUUUAAAUUCAAUGCUGGAGGGAAUGGAGCAGUGUGGAGAGAUCAUAUGUCCUAUAUGUCACGCGAAUAAUCUGACCGUAAACAGCCAUUUUACAUCAUGUCCAUGUGGACUUUACAUCAACACAAUUGGUAGGAACGUCACAUCGGAGGUUUUGCAGAAUCUCCUUGAAAGACGCGUCAUGGAGCACAUGGAGGACUGUCUUCACAACCCCACAUUCUCAAUGGCCUUUAACACUAAUGGGUCACCAAACCUCAUGAUCAGUUGCAAGGUGUGUGACUAUCUGUCUGUUGUCCUGUGAGCGGUUCAUCUGCGCUACAGAAUCCUGGUGGACAUUUUUAAGUGUUUUGAAUAUUUUAUUUCCUUGAAAUAAUAAAGAUUUAUUUUUAUCUUUAGCAUUCACUACCUUUUGUUUGUGGAUGAUGCUAUAGAGGUACUGAAUGACAAACCCUGAUGUGUCAGCUAGGGCACUGAUUUGUUUGGUUCUAAUCAAACUGUAAAUAAAAAUUGCUUUAAUCAUGUAACCAUUAUUAAAAAUUUUAACUUCUUUUAUUUCUCUUGUGUUGUUUUGGAUCAGUUAAUGAGCUUGUGUGUUUUUAAAACUACCAGAAAGUACGGAGCCUCUGAGAGGACAUGGCGGGAAUGUUUGUUUGUUUUAAAUCGUUUUGCGUGCACUGGCAAUAAAUGUACCAUGUUUCUACUGCAAUAAUCAUACUUUAACCUUGAUAUUCAUUGUAAAACCAUAGUAAUAAUAAAGGAAAAUAUUACUAUGAUAAAAUCGUUGUGGUUAUUGUUCAGCUAAAAAUGCCGCCAUAUUUGUAGUAAAACCACAGCAACCACAAUAUUAACCAUGGUUAAUCUACAGUAAAACCAUGGUGACUAUGGAUGUAGUAUACUGUAUUAACCAUAGUUUUGGCCAAAAAUAAGAAAAUGGAACCGUCGUAUUUACUACUAUAGUAAAGCCGUGGUUUACCACAGUAACCAUAAUUAUAUACUAUGGUGUUUGUAAAACCAUAACAAAUUUAUGAGUUUUAUUAUCUCUAUGGUUUCACUGCGAAUAUUAAGGUUAAAAUAUUGUUAUUGUAGUAAAACCAUGGUAAAUUUAUUGCGAGGGAACGCAAAUUAAAAAAAUAAAUAAUAAUCCCGCCAUGUCCUCUAAGGGACUCCGUAGUUUCGGGUAGUUUCAAAAUAACACUAGCGCAUAGAGUGCCGAAGUUAUGACGUCACUUUGUAGGCCAAAACGCGGAAGUGAGUUAGCAUUUUAGCACUUCCGGUUCCCUCGCCUUAAAGUCUAUGGGUUUUUUUUAAUGGGUUUUUGCUAAAUCGCCUGAAAUAAGGUCUGUGGUUAACAAAGCCUCUAAAUAUUUUCACGUUUUGAUCUAUGAAAUAAAACACACCAGUUAUAACCUGCUUGUGGUUUUUUAAACUUUAUUGUGUCUUAAAAACGGUGAUUGCUAACAAGUUGCUAAAAGGGACUACAUCCUUUGGCGGGGACUUUAGACGUCGUCAUGACAAAAAGGAAAUCUCUCACUAGCCCCAGCCACCAGCCUCACGUUCUUAGAUUUAACUGUGUUAUGCUUGUUCAGAGAUUAUUUGUAUAGUUAUCUUAAAUACAUAGAACACUAUUAUAACUCCUCUAUCCCUCCCUAGUUUUACUUAUCGAGACUCGAUAAACCUUGUCCCUCAUGCUGGCCCUUACAAUACCGGCAAGUAAACCAGCAUCUAAUCUGCACUGUUCUACAUGUCCAGAUUUAUAGUGGUUCUCU